AUGCCAAAGAAUAAAAAAGGAAAGGGAAUUGUGUGGGAGGAUAGGGAGGUACUCUUCGAUUUACCUUUUGAAUACUUAAAACUUCGUUCAGGGGAGAAAAUAUUUGAUAGAAUAGAACCUAUUGAAGAUACUAAAGGAAACGCCGGUGUCAAAGGGCGGAUGGUGGUCACUAACUUAAGGGUUAUUUGGCAUUCACUCUCUUCCCCCAGGAUCAAUCUAUCGAUCGGGUACAACUGCGUUAUUUCGACAAGCAGCAAAACCAUUAGCUCCGGUUUACGAGGUUCUACACAAGCGUUCUACUGCUUAGCAGCGUAUAGAAACAAUAAAUACGAAUUUGUUUUUACUAACCUUUCGCCAAACUGUAUACGACAUUACACAACAGUUACUGCAGUGUAUAAGGCCUACGCUGGAUCAAGACUGUAUCGUGACCUAAGACUGCGAGGUGCUAUUUUACAGAACAAACAACUACACGUAUUACCACUUGAACAGAUAUGUUUAAAAGAAACAGGAUUAUGGAAUCUAUCCAGUGAGUCGGGAAAUUUGGGUACAAUGAUUAUCAGUAACGUAAGAAUCGUUUGGUAUGCGGACAUUAAUGAGGCUUUUAAUGUUUCAUUACCAUAUAUCACCAUUGAAAGCAUUUCCAUCAGAGAUUCAAAGUUCGGCAAUGCUUUGGUAGUUCAUGUCCGACCUACAUCUGGAGGUUACGUGCUUGGAUUUCGCGCAGAUCCACAAGAAAGACUAAGCUCUCUUCUUUCGGAACUACAAAUGUUGCAUCAAGCGUACACAGAAAAGCCUAUUUUUGGUGUCGAAACGAAUUGGAAUCAAGAUGAUCCAAUGCCGACAAGUGAUGAUAUCGAGGAAUUAGAAGAAAUUGGAGAACCGCGCGGUGAAAUGGGACCAACUCUUUACUUAGCGUCACAGUUAGCCCUACACAAGGAGGAAUCUGAUGCUCAGCCUGUUUAUAGUCCCUAUUUAGGUUUGGCUAUUGAACCAUUAAGAGAGGGAAUAACGUUAAAAAGUCUUUUUGAAGUUCAGACAACAUCGUAA